AUCAAAACAUGCUCACAAUGUGGUGAAGUGCGCGUGAAGGUCCUCUUUUUUUCUUUCCACCCCGGCCGCUCCAUUUUUGUUUAUUAGUGAAAAGUCUAGAGGGCAUCAUACCUAAUGUCGGCUUUGGGCAACCCAAGCAACAUCUUCUGGCAUGAAUGUCCUGUCGGGAAGGUUGAUAGGCAAAAGCUGCUCAACCAACAAGGUUGUAUUGUAUGGAUCACUGGUCUAAGUGGAUCAGGGAAAAGCACCCUUGCGUGCUCACUGGGUAGACAAUUGCAUUGUCGGGGAAAACUUUCAUAUGUUCUUGACGGAGAUAACCUUAGGCAUGGUCUCAACAAGAACCUUGGUUUCACACCAGAAGAUCGGACUGAAAACAUACGCAGGGUUGGGGAAGUUGCGAAGCUUUUUGCUGAUGCUGGGUUGAUUUGCAUUGCUAGUCUGAUAUCUCCUUAUCGUAAAGAUCGUGAUGCUUGUCGUGCAUUGUUGCCUGAAAAUUUUAUUGAGGUUUUCUUAAACAUGCCUCUAUCGUUGUGUGAAGGAAGGGACCCCAAAGGCCUUUACAAGCUUGCACGAGCUGGGAAGAUUAAAGGUUUUACAGGGAUAGACGAUCCUUACGAACCUCCUCUGAAUUGUGAGAUUGAGAUACAAGAGUGUGAAGGAAUAUGCCCCACACCAAAUGAGAUGGCUGGGCAGGUGGUAUCGUACUUGGAAGACAAAGGAUAUCUGGAAGUUUAGUUGCUAAAGCUUUUAUACAAACUGAUCUCUAGCUUAGAGUACAGAUUUUGAUAUAGCAUGUGACAUUGGAGUUUUCAAGGAAAUAGGAGCAUACUUGCACUUGCUUUUCUUAAAUCUAUGGGUAUGAGUUUUGUGCCCUUUUGAGCUUUUGUGGUUUGUAUCACUUAUGGCAUGAUUGGUAGGAAGGAAUGACAUGAGAAAAGAAUUAUCAUUCAUUUACUUAUUCUUUAUCCCAUGAUUGGUAUAUUUUUUGAGAAGGAAUGACCAUUCCAAU